UUGAUUCACUCGAGGCAUUGGAUGGGCAGAAGGCCUUCAAUCAGGACGCCAUAUGAAUCGAGGCGGGCGGAUCCCCCUGCUGGACACGAGGAGUCAUACUGCCGUGAUGCGCGAUUUCCGCUGUCUACAUUCAGUGCUUUGAUAACCUCGUACGCUGGCUACAUGUCACGGUACCAAGUUUACAUACAUACAUGUAAGUACAUACAACAGCAACAACCCCCAAGCAAUCCCGUCCGCGGCCUGGUGACUCUGUACACAUGUGCUCGUGAUCAAGUUCCCACCACUCCCAACCACCAAAAGGAUUGGCGGACAGUGCUCGAUUCCGCUGCCAUACGUCUAUAUUCCUGUCUGCUAUACACACGGUGGAUUGUCUGUGGGUACAUGGAAUCCGAAACGACAGCCGGAGAGCCCGUAGGUACCGGUACCUGUCCCAGCUGA